GUCCCCAUGCAGUGCGUGCAUCAGAUCGGUCAAUAGACAAGGUUCCUGGCCAUCGUGUCGGGCCUCGUGUCCUCUUCCUCGACCUAACACACACACACAACCAGAGAAGAAGACAAUAUACUAAUGUGAUGCCGUAAGUAGCUCACCUCCAUCUGGGGUGAGGCAUCGACUCCCGCAGCUCGCACACACUGCCUCUUCCUCUCUGCCUCACCCCCCUCCCCACUCGUCGGCCGCCCAUUAGUGCCAUUCCCCAACCUCGGCAGCUUGUCCGACCGUGCGAGCAUGACCUUGAUCACUCCCCCGUCAGGAUGGGGCAUCAGCAAAGGCAGCCGGGGCGGCGACGCGUCCAGCGAGUGCCGCUUGCGCGACAACGCACGACCACCGGGGGACGACGACAAAGCGGGGGAGGGAAUCUUCGACGAAUACGCAAAGGGGCCCUGAUCAAAAGAUGGAGACACACACAUGGAUGUAGAGAGACACGGAGGGAGAAGAGACACGGAUGCUCACUUUGCUGGAGACACGGGAUGCCACGGUCGGCAGCGCACGAAACCCCCUCAUCAUCGAGUCGCGAGACCCUCUCUGCUCUGCCGGGCUGGGGGGCGGGAGGGGCUUUGGCGGGGGGGCCUCGUCGUGCACGAAAGGGGGCAUCUGCUGCAUCGUGGGGGCGUAGAUGCGGUAGGUGUCUGUGCCACGGAUGUCCACCAGCGACUUGCUGGGGCCUCGCCGCCUCGCUCGCAAGGCAGCGUCCUCCUGCAUGACGAUCGAUCAAAUACAAUGGAACAAACAAACCGGCAUCGCCAUACUUACCUCUCUCAUCUGAGCAACAUACUUCUUCGCUGCCUCUCGUCUCAGCCUAAUGUCCUCCCCCUCCUCCCAGCGCGCCUCUUCGACAACGUAGUAGGCGCCCAUCGUCCCCUGCCGGCCGGGUGGCGGACCGGGCAGCACCAAGAAGCCACUCGGGAAGGCAGAUAAGCGAGAAGGCUCGCUCGCCCUGUGAUUCGUUCUGCGUGUGCCCCGUGGGACAGCUGUUGGCGCGGCUGAGUCGGGAGCGUGGGUGUGGGCGACGUAGGGUUCAGGAACAUGUUGAACACGUAGCUGCGUGCCAUUAGCACCAGCAGCAGGGAAGCCCUCAUAGCAAGUGUCGGCGGCCCACGGUAGGGGAGGGGCAGGUGCCGGUGCCGGUGCCGGAACAGAGACGGGGGCGGGAGGAGCAAGAGGAGCGGGAGGGGUGCGCUUCUCUUCCUUGGAGGAUGGCUUGGAAGACUUGGAUGAUGACGCUGGAGGCGUGUGUCGUGCCCCAAUCCCAACACGGAUGCCCGCCUUGUGCAGCGCCGCCGUCACCGUCUGCUCCGUCACCGACCGGGCCAUCUUCUCAACCACCUCCAUGAUCUCCGCCUCCAUCUGCAUCGGUAGCCACCCGAUCGCCCCCUGGGAGGCCUGGUCUCGCGUCUCGGGGCGGUCGGGGUCUCCCACACUCAGCACACUCGCCGGCCGCUCGGAAGAACUUGCUGGCGGAGACGGCCCAUGUGUGUCUGGUUGUUGCGGUAGCGCUAGUGGUGUCUCUGCGCGUUGAUGGGGAGACGGUGGUUUCCCGUCUUCCUGUGUGGCCAGGGAGUGUCGCUGGUGGUCGGCUGCUGGUGACGCGGGAGAGCUUUGUACGGCCUCCUCAAAGUCAUCCUCGUACGAGUCCUUUUGGAUGGGAGAGGCGUCCAUGAAAGGAUGCUCCUGUUCGUGAGAUGGAGCGUCGCUCAGCAAGAGCUGGAUCCUGCGGACGGUCUCCUCUCGCUGCUGCUCGGGCUGCAUCUCCAAUGUCGCACGAUGACCGUGAUCGCGAUCAUGACGGCGAGCGGGGGCCUCGACAACAGUAGGCUGCUGCUGCUGCUGCUGCUCUCGUGUCUGUGUCUCCUCCUCUGCCGAAUGCUCUGCCUCUGAUACGUCUGCCAUGUGUUGCUCUUCCUCAGAUGACAUCGCCGCGUGUUGUUGUUGCUGCUCCUCACGUUGAGGCUGAUCAGCGAGCCGGCCAUCCUCCUCCCUGACACUGCUUGCCUCUUCAGCAGAUUUGUGAGACUCCUCAGCUGCCACUGCCGUGACGAGACCGAUGUCGGCAGCCUCGGGGGGAGAUAUCUCGACCGCCUUUUCCAUCUCGUGUAUCGACGUCGCAUCCGCUGACGAGCCAGAACUGUCCCUCUUCUGCUGGGCCGCCACGGCGACCUCCAUCAGCUGCGGUGGGGGCUCCUCGCCCCGGUCGUCCACGAUGUCUUCGGAUGAAUAGCCCAGGGCCAUCGUGUCUCCUCCCUUCAACACCGCCACAUCCCUCUGAUGCCGUCCUUCAGCGGUGGGCGGGGGCGUGAACCAGUCCUGCGGGGCCUGCAGCGCCUCGGCGAGCAGCUCCGACAGACACGCCUGGAUGAGGUGUUCGAUCUCUUCCUCGAUGACGGCAUCGCACAUCCGCAUGGCACACACCUCCACUGCGCCCAUGACAGGGGACUCAGGACGGUAAGAUCUGUCCACAGGCGAGCUGUGGGGCGCCACUCCUCCUGGUGGAACCUCGAGGUCGCCAUCAUGCGGCGUUUGGUUGGUGGGCGGCUGCAGGCCGGAGGCCUCCAGGGGGUCAUGUGAGCAGAGAGUCACCGUGCCAUCCCAGGGCGGGUGGUGUACCUCAGCAGAAGCGACCUCCCUCUCCCUGUUUUCUGCAUGGUCCUCGAUAUCUCUGAUAAGAGAGAGAGACAGGAGAGGCAGGUGUAGUGUACUGGAGCGUCUUGCAUACAUGGCUGGUAACUCUUACGCCUGUGCCUGUGGCUGUGUCGCUGUUUCAUCUCCAGAUAUGGCGGCCCCUGGGGGUCCACUUGGUGGUACCUGAUCAGCGUCAGCAGGCAGGUUCUCCUCGCUGCUCUCCUGGAUGGUCAUCAGCGGAGGUCCCUCGGGACUCUCCUCUUGCCACUCGGACUGCUCUGUGGCAGGGCCGGCCUCGUCCAGGUGCAGGAUAUUGACCCCGUGUGAGGGCUCUUCAGGCUGAUGAUGGUCUUCCUGUAAGCGGCAAGACACCGACCGACACAUCUUGUUGGAAUACAUACACUAUACACGUGUCUAUAGGUCGGUCACCUUCGUGGCCUCCUCAGCUUCAAUUCUGUCCUCUUCUGAGUCGCGCCGCCUCGUCUUUGGCCGUGGAAACUCGCCCUCAUGUCUCUCCGUCUCCUGCAGGGGGGCUGCGGCCUCUGUCUGCGUCACUGCCGGUGUGUGUGGAACAGGCGUUUGUGUCGAGAGACUCCAGUAGAGGUUCAGAAGAUAUGGGCGGGCGACCGCUGCAUUGACGAUCUCAGGAUCGGACCACACCACCGACGGAGCGGAGGAUAGAGGGGCGCUGCACGGCUUGGCGGGCGAAUGCUGCCGCUGCUGGCGGUGUUGCUGUUGCUGGUGGUCAGGUUCCCCUUGCGGGGCGGGGGGCUCAAUGACAGCCCGGACCGGCCCUGGCGCAGCUUGGGUCGGUUGUGUCACAGCUUUAACCUCGUCCAUGUGGUCCACAGUCGUCUCUUCGACCUCCUCCAUUGCUUUGCCGCUGACCACGAGCGCCACCUGUUGCUCCUGGUCUUGUUCCUCUCUCGGCUCGGCAGACUCAGUCAUCUGCUCGAUUGGUGCCGCUCUGUUUUCAUGCUGCUCCUUCGCCGCAGCCUCCUCUAAGUCCCUGGCGACCGGCGCAGCCUCGGGUGGCUCUCCAGCCCAAUCCGCUCCUGCUGUUGUGUCUUCCGCGUCAGCCGGUGUUUCCCCCACCGGCCCACGCGCGAGAAGCGGCUCGGGCUGCCGCUGCUCCGAUUCCUUUGCAUUGCCUUCAAUCGCCGUGUCAGCUUCUGCCUGCUCCUCUACCGGGGCCUGAGGGGCUGCUGGGAUGGCAGGGGGAGCUUCAAAGAGAGCCGGCUCAUCAGGGGGUCUUGUUUCCCUCACUGCUGUCUCCUCUGCCUCAUGUUGCUCUUGAUCUUGCGGUGGCUGCGGCUGCGUCACUUCAGUGUCGACUGGAGGAACGCGAGCGGGUUGGUUCAGCUGCUCUUGACCCACGUCUGGGAGAGGGGGUGGCUGAGAGGUGUCGAUCGGUUGUUUUCGUUGGGAGUCGGGUGGAGAGUGGAGGACACACUCGGCACUGGUCUUGCAGGUGGACCGCAUCUCAGCCUCGGAGAGCGGGAACUCCUCCCCCGGAAGCACAUGCGACCACAGAAUCGCCAUCGCCCUGACAGACAGACCCAGCAAACAGUCAAGCCUUCCCAUCAACCUCACCUGCUUGCUCCUUGAUUUUCUCAUUACCUACCUGGCUUUUGUCAGCAGCAACUGCGCCAUGCUCCUGUGUGGGUUGUCCCACCUCACACCCUUCCUCCUUUCCCCACCAUCAGGAGACCUCUCAUUUGACCAGUAGCUGGUGGGUCUGGGCCAAUCGGUCUCCUGCUCCCUCUCGGCCUCGAUGAAGGAGGACAGCUGCUCGUCGAUCACCGGGUAGGGGCCGCGCCAUGUGCCCUCAGCCGACAGAAUUGCAGGCCUGUGGAAGAGGGAGAGAAGGUGGUUUGCCAUCGGGGGACGGAUCGAGGACGGCGUUGAGAGGAAAGACAUAUGGGCUCUGUGGGAAAGGGGAGAGAGAGACACGUGAUAAGCACUUGCUUGCGGCGCCCUUUGUGUGUGAGUGGCAGGAUACGUACUUGAGGAAAUCGGCGAGGUCGGUGAAAAAUGCUUCGAGAGGGUGCUGCCACUGAGACUCGCCAAAGCCCCAGUGGUAGAAGUACACCCGGCCCCUGCUGUCCAGACGAGCGCUCCAUGGGUAAGGCAAGUCCACCCUAUCAACACAUACAUCACGACACAACCCAUUGUGUCUGGCUGUCCUUUAAGACAGACCCAUCUUCUUCCUUAAGUAAUUUUUACAUGAAAAUGGGCUUCAAGAUGCCCUUCAGUGUAUCGUCUCCUUCCGACAACUUGCCCAGAUGUGACAGGUAACCCUCAGGCCGCAUCCACUUGGACACAGCGACGGAGCGAUCCCCAAAUGGCUCCCGGCUCCAAAAGCACUGUUCCUCGUCAAGACGCCGAGGCACCAAUAAAGUCCCCUCCUUGCCCAGCACAUCCAUCAUGCCGACGCCUCUCCCGUCAUCUAGCUCCUCCUCAUAUGUGACGGGCAGCCGCCCGGCCCUGCCCACCUCCUCCACCCCAUGAGACAGGUCCAGCCGACCUCCAUGCAAAAGAGGUGUCAGCCCCGCCCCCUUUAUCGUCCCACCGAGAGGUACUUUCGCCUGCUCGACCGAACCAGAGGACGGCAGCCUGCCGAAGGACCGCUUCCCAGAGGGGAGUGGCUGCAGGGUUGAGCGUGGCGGCUGUGCGCUGCUGGAAACGGCGACAUCUGCUUCGUCGGAGGAUAUGGGUGGCGGCAUGGGCGGCUGCUGGAGGGACUGUGUGAGUCGGUGCGGGGGCCGGCGGGCCUUGGCAUCCAGAUGCUCGCGGUACACGGGGUCCAGAAUCUCUGGAACAAAGCAGAUCAGAGGAGGUCCCAGGAUGCCCUGGUUGGGCUGAUUGCAACUUACUCGACAAAAAUGUCUGUCUGAAGUCAAAGUCAUACUGCAGAACGUCGCGAGGGUUCUCCCACCUUAAGUCAGCACACAGACAGACAGCAAGGCGUCCGACUCACAUUGAAUGGAAUGUCAUGCUCACGUGCUCUCCUGUGUGGCGGGGUCAUAAUAGUAUGUGAGUCCCUCCUCCGUCGUGUACGCCCGCCACUUCUGGAUCUCACUCGACACACGCUGGUGGUGCACAAGCAGCUCCUCCUUGAUCAGCGCCUCUCGCUGUGGCCUGCAGAUGGCAAAUAGAGGCGUCAUGGAUGAGAAGCGCAGUCGACGUGAGAUGACUUUUUUACGAUGCGUAUGUGUUGCGGAAAGUGUCUCUGAGAUAGGCGAAUGUGUCAUGGAGUGGGUGCUUCCACGCGCUCCGCCUCUCGGUCGGAUGCCAAUAGAAGACCCGGCCCUUCUUGUCGGCCUUGGCCACCCAAGGCGCUGGCAGGGGGCAGUCGAAUGCCUCCUGCAGGAACGCGUAGAGUUGAGGCUCUUUGUCCACGUCCUGUUCAUGCAGCGAAUCAGCAAUGAAUCCCACAUCUAUCCAAGAUGCACUAUUCCCCUGCCUACUUGUUUGUUCGCCUACCACGCCCAAGUGCUUGGCAUACCCCCUCUUGUCCUUGACAGCCGUCUUGGUGCUCCUCCUGUGUGGACUCGCCGCUCCACUGGCGGCGCUCACGGCGGUCAUGACGCUCCCAUGCGGCUGGUAGGCGGCGUACAGCGGCACGGCAGCCUGAGCUCCGAAUGCCGGGUGCAUCACUGGCAUGGACAGCUGCCCAUAGGGCAUGGAGGCCUGGAGGGCGGCGGACGGGGGAGGGUAAUAUGCCAUCGAGGGAUGAGAUGAAUACAUGGC